AUGAGGAAGAAAAGGAAAGGAAGUGAGACUGAUGCUGCAUCUAGGAAUCUGGGGGGUGUUAUUUUGCCUUUGAAUCAUGGUUCUGUUGAGUCGGCGAAUUUGAAGUCUCAUUACUCGUUGGAAGAUUGUUGUAGGUUGAAGAAAAGGUGCAAGGAAGAUGCUGGUACUGAGCCGGCUGGUUCUUUUAAGAGUAGGCUUGCUGGCAUUGCUACUGCGCCGCCAUUUGGGACGUCGUCUUUGCUUACACCGAGUAGGGGUUUAAAGCGGAAGAUAGGUUGUAUUGAUGUUGCUACUCAGAUGGGAAGGAAGAAGAAGAUUGAGGAUGAUUAUGUUUCCGGUGAAUCGAUCGGGCAAGGAAAAUUUGGAUCGGUUUAUCUGUGUUGGUCUAGGGCUAGUGGAGCAGAAUAUGCAUGUAAGACUUUGAAGAAGGGAGAGGAGACGGUUCAUCGGGAGGUUGAGAUAAUGCAACACUUGUCUGGACAUUCUGGGGUUGUGACACUGCAAGCAGUUUACGAAGAAGAGGAAUCCUUUCAUCUUGUGAUGGAAUUGUGCUCUGGGGGACGACUGAUUGAUCAAAUGGUUAAGGAUGGACCUUAUUCAGAACAGCGGGCUGCUAACAUACUCAAGGAAGUGAUGUUAGUCAUCAAGUAUUGUCAUGACAUGGGGGUUGUGCACAGAGAUAUCAAACCUGAGAAUAUUCUGCUUACCAAAUCAGGAAAGUUAAAGCUUGCUGAUUUUGGACUCGCCAUGAGAAUUUCGGAAGGCCAAAACUUGACUGGAUUGGCUGGAAGCCCUGCAUAUGUUGCCCCCGAAGUAAUAUCAGGCAAAUACUCUGAGAAGGUUGAUAUAUGGAGUGCUGGAGUGCUCCUGCAUGCUCUGUUGAUUGGCUGCCUUCCAUUUCAGGGAGAUUCAUUGGAAGCUGUUUUUGAGGCUAUUAAGACUGUCAAAUUAGAUUUCCAAGCAGGGAUGUGGGAAUCAAUAUCUAAACCUGCACGUGAUCUUAUUGGGAGAAUGCUGUCAAGGGAUACCUCGACCAGGAUAUCAGCUGAUGAAGUACUUCGGCAUCCAUGGAUUUUGUUCUACACUGCCCAAUCCUUGACGAUGCUGCCCAUCAAAGCAAAAUUGAAGAAUCAAACUGGUGGCGCUUGCAGACGGCUUAUCGCCGCACCAGAACCUAGGUUAGGAGGAAACUUGAUAGAUAAUGGCUCACUUAGUGAGCUCUUAACCUCUGAAAGUUGCAAUUCAGAUGAUCAGGAUGAAUGUGCGUUGAUUGAUGCACUUGCCACUGCAAUUUCCCAUGUGAGGAUAUCUGAACCAAAGAGGAGCAGGUUGUGUAGUCCGACUGGCCCCAUAGUUCAGCAAGGUUCAUCUAACAUGAAGGCUAACAACCUUUGUAAAGCAUUUUGA